AUGUCUGUUGUUGGUUAUUCAUCGGUAAUCAUUCUAUGUAAUAACAUCGUUUUGUUGAUUUUAUUUUUGUUUUCUUUUCAAAAAUCAAAAAUGUUUACCGAAUAUGCUUUGAUUGAUAUUGAAGAUAUUUGUUAUCAAAAAUCUAUCAGUGUUUUAAAUAAAUUGCCUGAAGUGAAUGGACCACAAUUAGUUACAUCAUUGAUCAAACCAUUAGUGAAUAAUUUGAUCAAUAAAUCCAAUAAACAGAAUGAAAGUUUCCUUAAUUGUUUUCAGGAUGAUAAAGAUGUACAUUGGAUUAUGGAAGUGAUUGGCUAUGGCCUUAGUUUGCCAUUAGCAGAUAAUGAGCAAUAUGAAGCGGUUCGUGAUUGUGUCAAUAUCUAUUGUGAAUGGCUUCAUGCAUUAUCGCCUAGCCUUUCACAAGAUAAAUCCAUACCAUAUCCAAUUCGUCAUGAUCCAAAUAUUUAUUGUCAAAAAAUUCUUGGUCAUCUUUACAAUACAUUUCUACCACGAACAUGGAACAAUCAAACGACCAACACUGAUGCAAUCAAUGAUUUGAUUUCUAAACAGGCAUUGAUUUGUCAUCGAAUUUUGCGUCUAGUGAUCGCCAUUGCUACAGAACGUGAUAAUGUAAUCAGUGCAAAAACUUGGGAACAUCUACUUAUAUUUUUGUUGGGUAUCAAUGAAAAACUAUUAAAAUCGCCUACCGAUACAAAUGAUAUUGGUACACAGAUUGCCGAUCGUGUCAUUAGCACUUUGUUUCAAGGUUGGUUAAUCUCUUGUGUAUACUUUUUUCCAUCACCAUCAUUUUGGCGAACCUUUCAAAAUGUUUGCGUUAAUUCCAGACAUUGUCCAGCUUUGAUCGCACAAUGGAAUCGUGUUAAUAUAUGUCUCACAAAAAGAUUGGUUUCUGUGUUGUACAACCAUGAAUCAACCGUUCCAGUUGAUAACAAAAUCAAUUUCUCACAAUACAAUUCGAUCGUCUUAUUAUUGAGUGAAGAUGUUCUUGAACAAUGUUGGUAUCGAUUUUUACAUAUCACAGGCAAUCCUAUAGAUUUAUGUUUUCCAAAAACAAUUUGUAAAAUGGAUCCAGAAUGGAACGUCAAUUUAUUACCGUUCAUAUUUCACAAGGCCGUUAAAGGACUUUGUACAUUGGUGGAUAUAUUUCUUGGGAUUCCAAACAUAAACUUGAGUGAUAUUGAAUAUGAAUUACCUAAAUCAGCUGGAAAUUCAUUUCAUGCCCAACCUGAAAAACGAAAACCGAAUUUCUCUGUUUUAAAGGGUGAAAAACAUUCAAGCAGUACUCGUAGCAAUCAGACCCACCAUGUUAUAUCAAAGAACAAUACUUCCGAUCCAUAUUGCUUGCCGACCAUUGUAUUACCAUCAUUAUUAUCAGGAAACUUUCAUCAAAAUCAUAUAAAAUUAUCAUCAAUUCUAGAUAUUUUUGGUAAAUGGCUUUUUCCUGCUGCAUUCAUCGGUGUGCCUAACAUAUCAGGUGAUUUGUUGGAGAAAUCAUUGUCAAACAGUGAUACAUCAUUACAAGGAACGCAAAAGUUUGAACGAAUGAAUAUUCCUACUACCGAUACGGAUGUGGAAUUUUCCUUGGAACUAUUUGAAGCUGGUCAAGCUGAAGCGCUUGGCGCAUUGUGUAGAAUAUUUUGUUUAAAAAAAGACAAUGAAGAUAUUUCAUUGAUUUUGAGCAAACAAAAUCAUCCAGAUUUCUCUAAACUUAAGAAUUAUUUAACCAGUUUUUAUCUGGCUCUAAAAUUCAACUUGCAAAACAUAAAUCAAAAUGACCAAUCUAGAAUACAAAUCUCCAGCAGUAUUCUUGUCAAUUCUAUUUAUUUAUUUGAAGUUGAUCUUCCCGGAUCAAAGAUAUUGAUACCUCAUUUUUUUCGUUGCAUCGAAUCAUUUCUAACGCGAAAAGAUAAAAACGAUUCAGCCAUUCAUGUAUUGAUACGAAGAGCAUGUAUCAAAAUUUUGAUCUCGCUACUUUCAUAUCCAAUCCAUUACAAAAAUUUACCCAUCAAAGAUGAUCUUAGCGAAACUACGUGCAAUACAUUUAUAUCAUUUUUUCCUCGAUUAAUUUUAUUAUUUAUAAAUGCACUUUAUAAUGAACCUGAUCAAAUUAAUGUGCAAAUGAUUUUGAAUGCAUUCUUGUUCAUAAUCGAAGAUUGUUUCAACUAUCGUCAAGAUAUGAAUGGACAAAAUGUAUACAUGGGACAAAAUGAAAUCUCGAUUGAAUCGAAAGAUUCGUUGGUCGUUAAUUUGAUGGAAUUUUUCAAUAAAAACAAUUGUUUUCAUCUUCAAAAUGAUUCUCAAGCGCAAAAAUUGGCAAUAAAUUUAUUUCUAUUGAUAACAUCGUUUAUAUCGGAUAUUCUCUGUAAAAGUUCCUUGAAAAAUUCUAAUUAUAAUAUUUCAUUAACUGCCAUAGAAAUUUUGUUAGCGAUGGGGCGAAUACGUUCAAAAUCAAAUUCUCAUCAACAUAAAUCUAAAUUAUUGUGUAACAAUAAAUGCAGUUUAUGCAUUCGACAAAUUUGUCGUUUCAUUGAAAACCAAUGCUGUAAACCAGCCAUGUUUCAUUCGAAAGAUAUGCAUUCGACCAUUGUUGCAGCAUAUCAAUGUUUAGCUAUUUGGAUCGAUGAACAUCAUCAUUUAGUUAACGAUCAAAAUUGUAUUGCUUUGUUGUUUGAACUUAUUGAACUUGGAAUCUCUGGUUCAAAAUCUUCCAAAGAAGAUGCAAUGCAAUUCAAAGCGGAAAAGUUAAUAAAACCUGCAUCACUUCGUGUUAGAGAAGCAGCCGAAUUAUUUUUGGCUACACUGAUGAGCCGUAUCAAAAUGGGUGUCGAAUCCAAUGAAAACAUUAUACCGUGUGACAUUAAUGAAGCAAAAAUAGCAGAACAAAUAUUCAAUAUCCGAUCUACCGAUUAUUCAUUCAAUCAAUUUCGAUAUUUUGUCGUAGAAAAUUCAUUGCUAAUCUCAAUACUUGACAAACAAGUUGGUCAUGGUGAGACAGUCUGUAUCAUAAGAUCGGCUUAUGGAAAAUAUUGUUUUGUUUUAAAACAUCAACCAAUAUCGAACCGCCAUCUACUAAAUAUGGGCAAUGAAAUCAGCAUCUAUAGAAGUCUAAACAAGCAAGACAAUAUGGCAAAAAAUUUCCACUUUAAUUAUUUUCCAGAUUAUUUUGACAAAUAUGUUAGCCAAGUAAAAUAUGAUAAUAUGAUCUUGAAUAUCAACAAAUAUAUCAAUGAUCAAGAUGAUAUUAAAAAUGACUAUGAAACAAUGAUAAAUUUUCUCGAAAAAGUCGAACACAAUUUGAAUUUUGAAAAGGCUAAAUUGAACAUCAAUCUAAGCAAAAAGGAUAUGAAUGAAAUGCCGCCAUCGAAAAAUUUCGAAGCAUAUCGACCGAUUCUUUCUCAAUUUGAAAAUUUCAAUUUCGAUUUCAAAGCAACGAAUGGUCAUCAAGUGAAAUCACGUUCAUUGUUGACAUUGAAUAAUAAUUCUCAAUCAUUUAUUGAACAAUUAUUGAAAUUGGAUCUGAUUUCCAAUAGAAUCAAUGAUAUGGUCAUGAUUUUCUAUGUACCUAAAGAUUUUGCUAAGGAAGAGGAUAUUUUCGCUGCCAAUUUCCAACAAUAUUAUUCAAAUACACCGUUUAAAUAUUUUCUAACAUCGUUGGGUAAUGAAAUCAGCUGCGAAACGAAUAUUUGUUCCAGUAUUUUCUAUUGGAACGAUGUUCUACAUGAAUUGAUUUUUAUCACUCCAACCAAACAAUAUGAGCUACAAAGAACGCAUGAAUAUCAAAUCAAAAAUGAAAAUCAACAGACAGUAUCGUUGAAUACUUUCAUCUCAGAAAAUAAUGAUACCAUUCGAACAAUGUUUUUGCAACGAUCACAACAGCAACAUUCUACUACUAGUCCGAAUAAUGGCUAUGCAGAAACAACACGCAAUCAUAGCCCAAACGAACGAAUCAAAGAAUUUUUAUUCAUGAACAAUGGUUGUGAUAUUAAAGUUUUCAUACUAUGGAUAGAAAAAAUGGAUGAUUUUGAUCGAUUACCAUUCAACAAAAAUGGUUUCGAACAUUCGGCUAAUGCUUGUUCGGAUGGUUCAGACAAACAAAAUCCCAUUUUUAUUAUAACUAUACAUCCAUUAAAAAACGGAUUAUUCCGUGUGCUAAAUUUCAUGCCAAAUAGCAACAAAUUCAACAAUUAUCCAACGAUCGAUAGAAUGCUGUUGAGUAAAUCAUUAUUAGCAUCUUAUGUGAAAUUAAUCACAUUAAAUCUGUUUCGACGGCGCCGUAUGAACACUGAAAGCUUUCAAUUUCCGCAUGUAAAACGAAGAGUGAAAAUCCAGGAAAUGGCAAACAAAUUCAAAAUUUCUUCAACAAACGAACAAAAAUUGGCAUCAGAAAUAUUUAAAUCCAAAUUUUUAUAAAUUAAUUAAUCA